CAUUAAUUUUAGCUAUUGUACGGUCCCAUCUUCUUGUAUACUUUCCUUGCUUUGAAGGUCUUCCCACGACUUUCCUGGAACCCAUUUCUGUUCCCGCCCCCGGCUAUUUAAGUGUCCACCGAUCAUACCCUUUUUUGCUCACCACUCUCCUUUUAUAGUCCCUUUUAACUGGGUAGCCCAAUCGCAGCAGGAUCUGCCAUGUCGCUCCUCAAUGAUCUGAUCAACCUCGACCUCAGCCUCACCACCGACAAGAUCAUAGCCGAAUAUAUAUGGAUCGGUGGAUCUGGGAUGGAUUUGAGAAGCAAAGCGAGGACUUUGCCCGGACCGGUUACGGAUCCUUCGAAACUCCCCAAAUGGAACUACGAUGGUUCCAGCACAAAUCAAGCACCUGGAGAGGACAGUGAGGUCAUUCUUUACCCUCAAGCUAUAUUCAAGGAUCCAUUCAGAAAAGGAAACAACAUCUUGGUAAUGUGCGAUGCUUACACACCGGCCGGUGAACCCCUUCCCACAAACAAGAGAUGUAAUGCGGCUAAGAUCUUUAGCCACCCCAACGUUGUCGCCGAGGAGCCAUGGUAUGGCAUUGAGCAAGAGUACACUCUUCUUCAAAAAGAUACAAAGUGGCCUCUUGGAUGGCCUGUUGGAGGAUUUCCUGGACCACAGGGUCCCUACUACUGUGGAGUAGGUGCUGAUAAGUCCUUCGGAAGGGACAUUGUGGAUUCCCACUAUAAGGCUUGCCUUUAUGCUGGCAUUAACAUCAGUGGAAUCAACGGUGAAGUUAUGCCUGGUCAAUGGGAAUUCCAAGUUGGUCCAUCUGUUGGAAUAUCUGCAGGUGAUCAAAUAUGGAUUGCUCGAUACAUUCUCGAGAGAAUCACAGAGAUCACCGGAGUGGUUCUUUCUUUCGACCCUAAACCCAUCCCGGGUGACUGGAAUGGUGCUGGAGCUCAUACUAACUACAGCACAAAGUCCAUGAGAAACGACGGUGGCAUCGAUGUUAUCAAGAAGGCGAUCGAGAAGUUAGGCUUGCGCCACAAAGAACAUAUUGCUGCCUACGGAGAGGGUAAUGAAAGACGCCUAACCGGCCGUCAUGAGACUGCAGAUAUCAAUACAUUCUCAUGGGGUGUUGCAAACAGGGGAGCCUCUAUCCGUGUUGGCCGUGACACCGAGAAGGCCGGAAAAGGCUACUUCGAAGACAGAAGGCCGGCAUCGAACAUGGAUCCGUAUGUCGUGACAUCGAUGAUUGCUGAGACCACAAUUAUCUGGAAGCCUUGAGAGGUGAAAAU